UCCGCUGCGUUCGGUCGUCCAGUUCGCAUCCAGAUACAAAGCGAACCCGCGAGAUACUUCUGCGCCGUGCGUGUGUCUACGCUAAAAAAUAUUUCUAGUUAGUGAACGCAGUGCCUUGGCUAAGCCAGCUUAAUUAAACAACAAAGUUAAGAUAAGAAAAGUUAAGAAAAAGCAAAAGACAAACAACUAAGAGCAACAAACAAUGGCCACCUCAACGCUGCACUCUCCGGCACCAUCGCCAUCAUCCGGCCCUGUCUCGGCCAAGAAUCCGCAGCUAAAGCGCGUGGUCUACUCCAAGUAUCGCGAGUUGCUCGGUUCGUACAAUGAUAAGGCCAAUGCCAUUAUAGACACGCUGCCCGCUUACAUGGUUCGUCAGGAUCGCGGCUUUCAAUUAUCAUCAGAUCUGUCCCCGAAUGGGGAUGUCGUCAAGAACGGCACGGAUUCAUUGUAUGGACAACGCGGAGGAGGCGGUAACGGCGGCUUCGAGGCCCCCGCCUGCGUCCAGAACGCGAUGAUGACAAAAGACAAGAAACCCUUCACCUACACGCCCGGCGGCAUCGAUCUCUCGCAGAUCCGGUCCGAGCGCAUGGCCAAGCGCCUGGCCCGCAAUGCCCAGUCGGAGGGAGCCACUGGCGCCGCCCAACAGAACAGACCCGCCCAGCCCCAGUCGCCGGGUGGCGCCGCUAGCUCAAUGGGAGCCGCUGCCAUGGGCAUGCCGUUCCAAGUGCUGCCCCCGCCCCCACCGCCGCCGCAGCCGCAGUCUCAGCUGGGUCCGAGGCCAUCGGCAGCUUCCGUGGACAGCAACAGCAACAACUACAGCAGCAACAGCAACAACUACAGCAGCAACUACAGCCCCUAUACACAGCCCUCGUUGCCCUCCCCCAAGACACCACCACUGCAGCAGCAGCAGCAACAGCAAUUGCCUACGCCACCGGCCACACCGCCACAGCAGCAGCAGCAGCAAUCGCCGCAGCAACAGGCCGCGCGACCGGAGUUCCGUAGUGUGCCCAUGCCAACAUCGCCGGCUGUGAAUGUAUACACCCGGCAGACGGACUCUCCUGGAUCGCCAUUCGAGGCGCCACAGCGAUCCACCGAGAGCCCCUUCCGCUAUGCACAGCAGCCACUACAGCAGCAGCCACCGCAGCAACGUCCUGCUGCGGCGCUUUCGCCAUUGGCUCAGACUCCACUGCAGCAGCAGCAGCAGCUACAACAACAACAGCAGCAGCAGCAGCUACAGCAGCAGCAGAUACAACAGCAGCAGCAGCAACAAUCUGUUCCCUGGCGUACCCAGCGCGCACCAUCAACUCCACAACAACAACAGUCACAGCAUCCGCAGCCCAUUUACAACAAUGUGCAACAGCAGCAACAGCAACAACGAUCUCGGGAUGUUUUCAGCCCGGCAAGGACUGAAUCACCAGCAGCAACAACGUUCAAUGCACAGCAGCAACAUUUUGGCACUCAACAAAACCAAUAUGCCGGAGCAGCCAAGCCGACCAACGUUGGCUCGCUGUAUAUAGCUCCAUUGGCACAGCCCACAGAGCCGCAGGCUCAAAGAAUUCUGCUGCAGCAGCAGCAGCAGCCAUCGGCCCGGGAUUCGCCAAUGCGGCAAUUGCCACAGCAGCAGCAACAGCAGCAGCAACAGCCCCAACAGGGCAACCAGCCAUUGGGAUGGCUCAGAUCGCAGCCGGCCAGCAAGGAGCAGGCACCAUGGGCUCGUCCCGAAGAGAAUGGCAACGUGCUGCCCUCCACUCUAAGGCAGACCACGCCGGCUCCGCAGCCCCAAGUCGCACCGCCGCAGCCGCAGCCCCAGCAGCAGCUUUCGUAUCAGCAGCCUCAGUCGUUGCAAGGCAAUGGAUAUGGACCAACACCGAUUGCUGCCCCCAUUAGCCUUCAAAACUUUGGCUCGAAUCCCCAGUCAGGCGGACUCCGCUUGCAGAUCAAUCUGAAUACCAAUGGCAGCAGCAUCAACAAUACCAACAAUCAAAGUGGUCAAAGUGGUCCAAGGGAGCGCAUCAUACCAAUAACUCUGGAGCAGACGCCCACCUAUGCUGCAGCGCAGCCCAACUUUGGUGGUUAUAACAAUUUCCCCGCCCAAGCAUCGGGCGGCCAGUGGCGUGAGCCGAGCUCCCAGCGGAUCCUGUCACCGCCCAGCCAGCAAAUGCCAAACACGAGUGCCCACACCAACGGCAAUGCAACCAGGAUAAUUCCGAUCGCGAUCGAGGGAGGCGGUCGUGGUGGUCCAGUGUCCCAGUCACCGGUUCUGCUGCAAAACGAUCCACGCUCACCGCCCAUCCAAUCGAAAUCGUUUAGAAUAUUGCAAAAGAUAACAGACACCGUGGACGAUGGCAUCGGGGAUCAGGGCCAGGAUCUGCAGCAGCAGCAGAUGCAGCCGCCUCAGGAGGCGGAAUUGCAACGGCCACAGUUCGCCCGGCAGAUGAGUGCCCAGCAGGCGCGGAAUAGUCCGACCAUCGAGCAGAUGCGUCGCCUGCAAAUCGCCCAGGAUCAGCAGCAACAGCAACAGUCGGGUACGCCACUAGCUUGGUCCCCGCAAGGUAAUGGAGGAUCUGCUCAGAAUCGAUUCACACCACAACGUUAUGAUACUCCACAACAACAGCAGCAGCAGCAAUAUAUACCGCCAAGCGAACAGCAAGUCCCGGAACCCAAGAAAUACACUGGCAGCGCUAUACCCAGUCGAUCUUUUAAGAUUCUACAGGCAAUGACCACACCUGAAAAUGCCGACCAUAAAAUUCACACCGAGCUGGACUCGGGUUUGGAAAAUGUUGAACUGAACGAAACCCCAAAUAAUAACCAUAAUGGAAAUACUGAAAACAAUAAUAAUAAUCAUAAUAAGAUUAACAAUAAAAUCAAUAAACGUCAUAGCUACACCUCAGCCACACCUACACCACCACCCACAUCUACAUCCAGUGCCGAGCCCACUCACUCAUCCAACUCAUCUCUCAACUCAGACAGUUCUUGUUCCCCGCAGGCACCGCGUUCUCAGUCGGUGCCGCCCCAUUAUCCCUAUGCCUUUGGCUAUCCGUAUCCCUGGUACAUGCCUCCUCCUCCGCCGCCAGUGAAUGGCGAGGCUGCACCUUGGCCCUAUCCGUACCCCUAUCCACCGCCACCGCCGCCAGCUCAAGCGAUGGACGGUAUGCCGGCAGAGGGAUUUCCCCCUUAUCCCUAUUAUUACCCCUAUUAUCCGCCGCCUGUGCCUCCCUAUGGACAACAGCCAGGAGAGCCCCAAACUCCCUCCACUGCCUAUCCCCAGUUUCAUGCCAUGCCUCCUUAUGGCCACCCCUAUCCCUAUCCAGUAGCCCCUAGCUAUAGCCAGAGCUCCACCGAGGAGAGCAGAGCCAGUAGUGUUUUACCGGACAUAAUCAUCACUCCUAGUACCGAUGAUAUGCCCUCGCAGGUAAUCAUGCAGCACCACAUUCGCGUGCAGCCAAGGGAGCCAACCAAACGAACGCACUCCGUAGAGAUCGAGGAGCUGGUCACCAAGCAGAAACCUCGGAGUGUUUGCACCAACAAUAACGAGGUCAUUGAUGUACUGAGCCAGCGUUUAGCCAAUAUCAACAAGAUUGCUGGCGGAAAUACCCAGGCGAAUCUUUCCAAGCAGUUGCAGAAAAAUUAUGCAGGCGAACAGUCCAAGGAGCUGGGGGACAGAUCUCCUAGCGAGAAUGCCUCGAACUCCGACAGCGAUUCAGAGGACGACAGUACUGAGGAUGAAGAGGAGGACACUCCGAAGCUGGGCGCACGUCCAGCUCCAUUGCAGUCCAUCAAGUCGGUGACAAACGUGCAGGUGUACAAGGGUAAAACCCUGGAGCAAAAUCUGGACUCCGAGAGCAGUGGAGACGAAGACGAUGAAGACGACGUAACCACAGCAGAUGAAAUGUUUGACGAAGAGGAACAAAUCGAGGAAGAGCAGGAAGGCCUGGUGGAGGAAAUGGAAGAUGAUUUCAUAGCAGAGGAGGAUCUAAGUGUCAUUUACGAGGAGGAGAGCGAACUUGAACGCAGCAGCGAAUAUGCCAAGACAGUCAUUAGAAGGGAUGACUCCAGAUCCACCCUGGUUGAUGAGAUUGACAAGGAAAUUGAGGAAAACGACAAUGAUGAGGAGGAGUCCAAUUCGGUAACGGUUCGAUUGCCCCUUCGCUUCUCGUUCAGCCGAAGCUCAAAUGAUGAGAACAUCGCCACCGUGCAAGUGGGCAGCACAACUCAGAUCGAGGAGAAACGCCCGAGCAUUGUGAGUUCGUUCAGUGUGGCCAAGGUGGAGAGCGAGGACGAGGAGGAUGACUGUGAGGUCAGUGUGACGAUCAGCUUGUCAAACUCAUCCCGCUCAAAUUCGGUGGAGAAAUCUACGCAACCCUAUCGGACCUCUCAAGCCUAUCCCGUGGAGGAUAUUUCCCCACCGAUCAAAGCCAGCGAUGAGGACGGCUCCUCCUCAUUGUCAUUGGGCAUGCGCAACAAAUUUGUGGGCGAAACAAUAAGCAAUAGUAGUGUGACGAAUAAUAUUUCCCAAGCUGAUAAUAUUAAGGAAGUUUCCAGCUCGCCAAAAGAGGAAUUUGAUUUCUUUGCCACGUUGAUGGCCACGAAAAUGCAGGCUCAAAAAAUGAUGGAGCAGUCCAAAAACUUCUGGAAAACACCCGAUCCUAAGCCAGCAGAACAGCCAGCUGAAGCUCCAAAGCUUCGACCCAAGGAGAAUGUCUCUGCCAAGCCACCUAGGCCCGUAUCUAGUGACAUGUCCAAGACCCAGGCAUCGUUGGAGGCUGCCAAAAAUAGUUUCUGGUCUACGUUUGCAACUACCUCAAAGGAAACAGAGUCCCAGGCAGAGCCCCCUGAAGAAACGACAGAAGUUGACUUUUGGGCUCAAAUAGAAAAGAAGGAAUCCAUUAAUACCGAGGAAAAGCAGUGGACCAAGAAAAAGAAAACUGUUACCUACACUCCACUGCAGAAGGAAACUGUGAAUAAAGUAGAGCACUGGACUACAACCCUCAGAGCCCAAGUAGAAUCAAUGCCCAUUUCCCAACGAGCGGAGGUGCACUUUGUGGUCGAGGAAAAACCAAAUGAAAUUGAGCAACCCGAGGAAGAGGAGGAGGAGGAGGACUUUUGGGCAUCCGUAGAACAAGCCAAAGCCAAGACUACUAAGAAUGAAAACAACACAAGCUGGGAGCCGACAUCAUACAAAUCGGAGAUUCAGCCAGAACCAGAGAUUGACAUCUGGUCAGCUCAGAAAGAUGUAAAGCCAUCCCAUGAUCAUGGCCUUGAAGAGGAAGUGGACUUCUGGUCGGACAUUAAAUCAACGACAAGCUCCCACGAUGAAAACAAACCCAAUGAGUUUGUUUACGAUCCCACCAAAUAUCCGGAAGAGCCACGCGAAGUAGACACGGAUGAAGAGAUUGAUUUCUGGGCUGAAAUCGAGGCCAAGCGAAAACCAGGUGAAGACGAUGAUGACGAUGUGACCUUCCAUAAGUCCGCCACCUUCUGGGCUCGAAAGGAACGCCAGAAUUCUGUGGAGGAGACUCCCUACAAGCCAGUGGAAGUAAAGGCUUUUAGGGCCAAGUUACCCGAUGAACCAGCAGUUGAGAUAGAUGUGUGGGCUACUCUAGAGGCUGCCCGGGGUGAUGAACCCGAAAUUGUUGACCCAGUGGUUGAAGAAGAAAAGGUUUUGGCUGAAAAGUUCGAGGAACUAGAACAUGAUACUCCUGCAGAGUCUACAGAAACAGAAGAGAUCAAGGAGGAGUCCCAAAAAGAGAUGGCACCGAGCAACCUAAGCCAAGUGGACACGAUAUCUCUGGCCUCAAUGCACGAGCCAGCAACAGUCUACACGUGGGCUAACCCACCCCAGUAUGAUGAGGAUAAUGAGGAUAACACCGAUUUCUGGGCGGACAUUGAGGAGGAACGGGCAAAGAAGGAACAAUCCGAGGAGGCCGAGCAGAAACGGCAGAACUACCGACAGGCCAUGGCCUUUUUCAACACCUCCAUAGAUGGCCAGCAGUCGCCGCCCCAACAGAGCUCCACUCCCAAUCGCAGCAGUGUUAUCUUGGAUGUGGAAGAGCCUCAAGACGUUGAUCUGGGCCCACCUGGUGACUACCAAAUAGUGGGUGAAGACGGGGCCAUUAUGGAGGACCACACGCAAUCGAUUCCAGAAAUUGAGGAGGAGGAGGAGAGAGGUGCUCCAACUCCCACAAACACAGAGCCACAGCUGCCAGAGCUCUAUGUAGAGCCGGAAUUAAAGCGUCUACCCAAUGGAUUACCAGACCUAGAGGUACAGAAGUUUAGCGAGACGCCAAAGAUCUCAGUGCGUGAUCGGAUCAGUGCCUUUGAGGUGACACCUACCAAAUCCGAGUCCAAGGCUUUAACCACACAAUCAUUGUCCGUGGACAGUGGACACGGCAAGGGCACUCUUUCGCGUAACAGCAGCACACAGCGCUCCGAGUCGGAAAUCGAAGAGGAUGACUCCGGCGUGACGGACAUGAACCGUCAGCUGUCCGAGACGGACACUGAGUCGGAAAGCUUCCCAGAGCUGCGCAAGAUGACCAGCUACCAGCGAGCAGCCACACAUUCCAGACUCUUCAAGCUGCUGCAGGACGAGAACGAUGUGCCGGAGGCGGGAGUCAACCCAACCGAUGAGUUUCAGCUGAAGCCAAGUCGGAGAAAGAUUGUUCACAAUGUGUCCAUUACGAGGCGACAGAAUCCCGGAGCCAUGAAUGACGCCGAAAGCAUGACGCAACGCCGGGAACGUCUCUCUUUGCCACUCCGAAAAAACACAAGCAUCGAUGCGGACAACCCUUCGACGCCAAAUAGCCCGGCUUCACCCAUUAUGGGCCCCUCCGCCAAGAACCAGCGAGUGGUCAGCGAUAAGCUGGUCAACGAACUCGUCCAGAGCCUUCUCCUUAAGAGCGAUAGCUCGCAUUUGAGGAAUCUACCCAUGGAACGCCUUCAGGCAGCCGCGAAGAGGGCUCUGGUAGAGGAGAUGGACUCUGCGCAGGAGAACAGCUCCCUGGACAGCACGCCGGCAAUAACGCCCAAGCACGACAAGGAGUACUCCGACUACUACAACAGCUGGUGCGAGGCCGGCGGCAGUGGCGAUGAAGUGCUGCCCUCCAAGGCCUUCCGUGCUCUGCAGGAUCCACGCCGCAGCCCCUGGACUGUGCGUUGUCCGCGGGUGCUGAGCUCCAAAACGAUCAACAGAGACUUGGCCCGUGUCACAGAAUCGCCGGAAAUAGCCAGUGGGCGGGGCAGCAAGAGUCCGGAGUGCUUCCGUCAGAACUCACACUCACAGUCCCGGGAACGCUCAGUGAGCAGCUGGCGGAGGGUCUAGGAAAUGGUAAGAGGUUACCUAUUGUAAAUAGUAGGGCGGGUCUUAGUCUUAGCAGGGAUGUGAGGCCGAUUUAGAUGGUAGAAAUCUCAUCCGAACGAUUCUAAUCGAUUUGGUAUAGGAGAACUCUGAUGAUUCUAUACAAGUUUUAACAACUAAACUUGGUUGCAUUCGAAUCGGCUCUCGCCCCCGAUCUUUCUUAUAAUUAAGCUCCUUGAGAGUAUACUUGCAUUUGGCAUAAGCAGUCACUGCCCACGGGAACGGGUGAUACAAGAGCCAGUUGUUGCAUUUCUCAUCUCACCAUCAUUUCUAUCAUCUCAUGAACAUUGUACAAUUUGAAAACCGAUACACUCAACACAUUAAUAAACUAAAUCUAAUUAAACAUGUAAAUAAAAACCAAAUGAAACCAAUGAAAAAUAUCGUUCAUUCGUUCGUUCGUUUGUUACCUCAGCAAAGCGCCACAAAAAAACCAAAAAACCAAAAUCAAAACCAAAUUCUAAAACCAAACUACUACCUGAGCAUCUCAAAGUUUGUAAGAUGUAACUCUCGAAAUCGAACUAAAUAAUAACAAGCAUAUAAAACUGAAAAUAUAUAUCAAAUCGCCACAGUAAACAACAAAAUAAAAACCAAUUUCAUCUCAACUCAAUGAUUUUGUAAAACUCGUUCAAAAUCCUAAGGACCUGGACAAUCGGACUUAUAAUUAUUUCUCAAAGCCAUAGAAAUCAAUUAUAGCAACCCAACAACAUCAUCAUGUAGAAAUGAAACAGAAAAUAAAUCUGAAUACUUAUUUUUUAUAGUUAUCUAUAGUCUAAGUACCAGCCACUCCAAGGAUCGCCACAAUCUUGCAGCUUGGGAACGAAAACAAGUUUUUAGUAAAAUUUCUUUACACUAACUAACCCAGAGACCAUUGUAGCUGAGAAGAGGAGAGUUUUUUUGUUAAACGCGAUUUGAUAGCAGCACUAAACAUUAUUAACAACAUUACGAAACAAACAAACAGCGAAAGCGAAUAUGUACUAAUCCUAAAACGUUAAGACGAAGAGCAGGUGCAGUGAGGUGACAACGAAACGAAACAAGAACUAAAUGAAUAAAUUUAUGCAAGAAACGACUAUGCUUGAUAUGUAUCCGGAUAACACGAAAGCGCACACACAUCAAACUCGACUAAUAAGAUAUAUUACAGAUAUUUGUUAUUUACGAAAAUCAUAAUUUCUUUGAACAUUUUGCGUAUCUUUUAUCUCUUAUUUUUUCCAUCAUUAUUUAUUCUCCUCGUAUGCAUACGAAUGUUUUUAAAGUGUAUUUCAAUAUUAUCAUUUUAGAUCUAUAUCAAAUUUAUUUUGUGUUGUAUUAUUUUUUUAUACAAUAAACAUUUGUAGUAAAUAAA